AUGGCAACAGCCGACCCGGGACCGGAAUACAAAUGUUUGAGUUGUACGUUACCCUACAAAGAACCAAGGCUGUUACCUUGUGGUCAUACUUUCUGCUGCCGAUGUCUGACGAAAUACAUCAAGUUGGAACAAGUCACAAAAGACGAGGACCGACAUUACUUCCCGUGUCCGAUCUGUGAAGCGCCAAUUACUCCCGAUGACGCCAAUGUGGACGUAAGUACAUGGGCUACAUGUUUUCCGACAAAUGAUUUGUUUGUUGGCCUUACAGAGCAGACGUCUACUGUUCAUGAAUGUGCUUCAUGUCUACGAGGAAAUGAAUCGCACCAUGCCAAUGUCCGAUGUAUCGACUGUGAUGAACAGCUCUGUAAACAAUGCGAAAUUUCGCACAAGCGGAAUAAAGCAUCCGCUUCUCAUAAACUUGUUUCAAGUUUUGAGAAUGCUGGUGAAUUUCGUGAUUUAACAGUCUAUGAAACAUGUAACAAGCAUAAUGGAAAAAAAUUGGACGUCUACUGUAUCGACCAUAGCGUUAUGUGUUGUAGUAUCUGUGUGUCGGUUUCACAUAGGCAGUGCAACGAUGUUAGACCAAUAGAGGAAGUGAUCAAGAAAACGAAAUUUAACGGUGAUACAGCAUGGAAAGAGCUGACCGAAGAAAUGAGGAAGAUAUCAUUAGAAGCCGAUUUAGCGAUAACAACGCUAAACGCAAAAGAAAGGGAUUUUUCGGCAAAAAUGAACGACAAGAUACAAAAAGCUAAAGACAACUUAGAUUCCCUUAACGCAGAGUUUCAACAUAACCUCGCAAAAAAAUGCCAAGCCCAUACGGAAAAACUAUCAUUUCGACGGAAGCAUGUCAAUCUUUUUCGCAUUAACGCAGAAAAUUCACAUCUACUGAUGUCACGUUCAAACCAACGCCUAUCCGAUCAUAGUAGAUUUUUCCUGAGAGAACACACACAAAAUCAAAUAUCGAGCCAUCACCGGCGUUUAGAUAAAAACAACAAGAAUGAACCACAUGGGUUUGAUAUAACAUUGAAGAUUGAUAAACGUAUUGACGAAAUAGUAGGAAUGACAACUGUUGGGAACGUUGACGUGAGCUCAACACAUUCAACUGUCUUGCAGAAUGCUGAACUCCGUGUAGGUACAUUGAUUGCAGCUAUGCGGUCGACACCUCUUAGUACAACAGUUGCCGAUUCGAGUUCUACCUCGGACAUCACCCGGUCUCUGCAAGAUUGUGCAGUGCAGAUAACAUCAGCGGUGGAUGUAUGGACUGGCUCGGUAUCCUGUGAACGGAAGGUUAACAGCAGCACACUAGGAGGAGUAAAAACACCUUGGUUGAACGGUGGAAUCUUCAUUGACAGCGACAAGUUACUUAUCACAGACCGCAACAACAACAGACUCCUGAUGUUUGAUGAUACAUAUUCCUACCUGAGAGAAUACAAACUUAGCGAUAGACCCACAGAUAUUGCACGUGGACACACUGCCGAUGAGAUAUUCGUGGUUGUUGGCGAGAACCAGAUACAGCGAUGUACACUACAUAAUAAUCAGCUGUCCGUGACCAACAAGAUCAGCACUGCGCGUGGUACUUUGGGUAUAACUCUUCUCGGAGACAGCAUCCUGGUUGGUACUUCUGAAAGCGUGAAGAUUUUGAGUCCAGACGGAAAGGUCACCAAGUCCAUAAAAAAGAAAGGUUAUAAUACGUAUCUCGCCGUUUCGACGACUAAGUCAAUGUUACACCACAGAGAUGGCAAUGACGUAGUGUGUAGAGGACUGUACAAUGGUGAGGUAGUCUAUAGAUACAGCGACCUUGGUCUGAAAGGUCCUAGAGGUAUUGGACUGGACCAGGAUAGCAACGUGUAUGUCUGUGGUCACCAUUCCGGCAACGUCUACAUCAUUUCGCCUGACCGGUCACGUGGGAAGGUACUACUGCCAAAGCUGUCCGAUAUUACCCAUCCGUGGUGUAUAGUGGUUCAUCCAACUAAACAGGAGUUCCUAGUUACUUCCUCCAAGGGGUCCACUGCACUUGAGGUGUACAGAUUCAUUGACAAUAAGUAA